CGCUCACAGUCGAAUACUGAAGAACAAACUGUUAGCUAUUUGUUUCCACCAAAAUUUUAAGGUUUUGAAAACAAUGCUAUAAAAAGAAUACGAAAGUACAUUUGAAAAUAGUAAAAUGUUGCUGCUUAGUAAAAAUUGCAGUUCAAACAUUACUAUUUUGUUAAGGUGUACUUCGAAUGAACCAUUUGUACACGUAUUCUGUCAAACGUCACGUCAAUAUUUUAAAAUGUCUUCUGAGACUUCGAAAGAGGUGACAGUCAACAAGUGGGAUGUUGGUGCGCUAAAAAUAGCACUUGAUGAUGCAGCUAAAGAGUUAUUCAUGAAAAAGCAUGGUUUACUCGAGACACACAAGCUUUUCGAUGGACGACUAAUAUUAUGUACGAUAUCUGUCCUAAUAGCUGGUUUCGGAGUCUUAUUCGAUUACUUGUACCCACAUCCUCAUUCCCGAGCAGUACUUAUAGUUUGUGUUACACUUUACUUCCUCCUGUCUGCUAUAAUUACACUGUAUGUAAUGUAUAUAGAGAAGAAUGUCUUCUUUACUGGACUCAAAGAAGAUAAGACGGGAUUAGAUCCAGCCGACUCAUGGACAGUAUGCUCAUAUAUGAACAAAUAUGAUCCCAUAUAUCAUUUAAGCUUAACGGUAUGUGACGGCAUUACUAAAAAGGUCAAAACGCUUUCCGUCAAAAAGUCCGCUGCGGAGUUCUUCAACAUAAAAGGCGAACUACAGAGAAGUAUAUAUGAUGGGUUUUUGCAGAACUUGGUAUCUGACUUGUAUAGUGAUAAGAAAAGUAAUUAAUCAAUAGAAUCUCUGUUAACUAUUUGUAUAAUUUCAUUUUCUCACUGUUGUAUGUUGUGUUCAAAGUCAGAUUUAUGUGCUGUAAAAACCAUACGUUCAUACUCUUACAGUUUUGUGUAUUCUAACAUAAUUUAACACGAGCAUUCAUAGUACUUCGUUUCAACUUUAGGCACUUUUUAUGUUAAUGAAUAUGUAAACUUAGUCUAUGAAUCGAUCACAAUGGCGUCGGUGUAUACACUCUCUGUCUUCCCUUAAACUAAGAGAUGAAAAUCACUACAUAUCUUUCUUCCUGUACUAUAUCCUUAUAUGCAAUCUUUCUUUGAUAUAUUACCACCUCUGAAUUAACUACUUUUAUGAAUCCGGUGUCCAUUUUGUUGUGUUAAUGAGGUAUGGCAACUUGGAUCGAUGCAUAUAUGUGCCUGGUCCUACGUUGUAGCUGACUGACUAUUGAAUUAACAGGUGUUGGUUUGAGUCGUGUAAGAGAAAGGUAGAUGGCUUUUGUUCGUGACUCUUUACAGGUCAGCAAUUGGAGGCUGCAAAAUAUUGAGCAGUGGUCUAUACACCCACUCUUCAUGUUGUUCCGGACCUAUUUGCCUUUCUUAGUCUAUGUCAAUUGUGUAUCUUUCGGAUUGUAUUUUUAUGUUGAGAUAUGUAGCAGCUUAAACUGAUGCAUUUCCCGCAGUCUACUACAAUACAUUUCUUCUUUCCAUUAUUGUAAUAGUUCAGUUCUCAGUACUUCUAUAGAUAGUCCCUUGAAAACGAUGUGACCUAAGAUGUUUUAUGACAGCAUCACUAAACUGACCUACUAGACGUCUGUAGUAUUCCUAGAAUAAAUCCUCAGAUCUCUAUCAGUAACUAUGUAGCAGUUCUUGAGCCAACUAUGCGUAAAGCGAGAGGUCUUGUUUGUGUGUUUAAGACCUUUAAAACUCAACGAAUUGGUUAAACAUGCCGUGACUAAAACUGGGCAAGCGUAUCCUGUCCUGUCUUAGUAGGAUGUACCUUUUGGUCGGACGGGGACUAUCUAGCGGUUGGUUGAACUGUAUUUUAUGCUACUUGUUAUUUUCAACUUAAUUUCCUAGUCAUACCGUUGUGACAGUCAGCUACAACGUGGGACCAGGCACAGGUAUGCAUCGGUCCAAGUUGCCAUACCUCGAUAAUUAUUAGACGCCUAACUAAUACUCGUGAACUGCAAACACGAGAAAAUCAAGCCGGCUUCAGACCUUUUCGUGGCUGCAUCGACCCCAUAUUCACCAUUCGUCAGGUUCUAGAACAUAGGCAUACUUAUCGGCGUCCGACAAUGGUGGUCUUUCUCGACUUAAAAGCAGCAUUUGACUACGUAGACCGUGACAUCCUGUGGCAGUGUCUGUCAUUGAAAAGUGUACCUCAGAAGUACAUAAACCUUAUGAAGGCUCUUUACUCGAACAUUACAAGUCGAGUCAGAGCUUAUGGCGAACCGUCAUCUGCUAUUGCAACCUCAAGUGGUGUCCGUCAUGGCUGUCCACUUU